AUGGUCCCUAGUGACAUAGCAUUUAGGAUUAUCUUCAUAUUUCAGACUGGAGUUGGGGGCCUUGGAAACUCUGUCCUCCUGGGCCAUUACAUCUUUACUUACCUCACUGGACACAGGCUGAAGCCUAUAGAUUUGCUCUUCAUCCACCUGGCCUUUGUCAAUAAUGGGGUGCUCUUCUCCAAAGGCAUCCCCCAAACAAUGGCUGCUUUUGGGAUCAACAAUUUUUUGGAUGAUACUGGAUGUAAACUUGUCGUUUACCUUCACCGAGUGGCCAGAAGCCUUUCUCUAUUCACCACCUCCUCCCUGAGUGGCUUCCAAGCCAUCACCAUCAAUUCUAAGAGCACCAGAUGUGUAAAUUUCAAAGCUAAAAUGCCAAAAUACAUUGUCCCCUCCUGUUUCCUGUACUGGGCAUUCAGUCUACUAAUAUAUGGCCAUAUCCCUCUUUAUAUUAAAGGUCCCAAGGAGUCUAGAAAUGCCACCGAAACAAAUGAAUUUAUUUAUUGUUCCUUUCAUGUCUCAGGUGAUACAUUGCUAUUUACAAUCAUAACUACCCUUCUUGAUCUGGUACAUGUGGGAAUCAUGGUCUGGACCAGUGGAUUCAUGGUGUUUAUCUUGUACAGACACCACCAGGAAACCCGUUACAUUCAUCAGAAUAAUUUCACACCUGGAGGUGCUCCUGAGACCAGAGCUAUCCAAACCAUCCUUCUGUUGGUCAGCAUGUUUGUAUCCUUUUACUUGAUCAACUCUAUCAUGGCAGGGUAUAUGAGUUUUUUUAAGCCAAGCCCCUGGUUUGUGCAUUCCUCUGCCUUCCUGGCUGCUUGUUUCCCAGCUUGUAGCCCCUUUGUCUUGAUCAUGAGUGAUUCCCAAGUUCUCAGGUACUGUGUAGCUUUCUGGCGGAGAAUAAAAGCUCCUAUUUUAACACUGAUCUUGGGAUAA